UGGGAGGAGCUCAGCGGUGUUGAUGAUGACGCCAACAGCGUUAGAACCAUUGAGAUCUGCACGCCUAGUAGCCCCGCCUCUUACUGGCUGAGGACCCGGUGGAUCCCCCGACGGGCGGCGACCACGCUCUACGUGGAGAUCCGGUUCACCAUGAUGGAGUGUGCUGGGAUGAACAAGCCCCACUGCAAGGAGACCUUUAACCUUUACUCGUACGCGUCUGACAGCGACGAGGCCACGCCCACUCACCCCACCUGGAUGGAGAACCCCUACAGCAAGGUGGCCACCAUCGCCGCUGACCACCUGCUGCGGCGUGGUGGGGAGCGGCGCUCCAACGUCAAGCUGCUGCGGCUGGAGGCGCUACAGGAGGCGGGGCUUUACCUGGCCUUCCAGAGCCAGGGCGCCUGCAUGGCGCUGCUCGCCGUGCGCGUCUUCUACAGGAAGUGCCCGCCCCUCCGCCGCGCCUUCGCCUUCUUCCCCGAAACCAUCCCCCACUCUCUGGUGGAGCAGGCUCAGGGUGUGUGUGUGGAAAAUGCUGUGACCCCGCCUGGGGAGUACUCGAAGCCUCCCAGCAUGCUUUGCGGCGAGGACGGUCAGUGGGUGGCGGAGCCAACGUCCAGCUGCGCCUGUCGCCCCGGUUACGAGGCGGGCGACAGCGGCGUGCGCUGUAGAG